GAACUACCGACUUGGCACAGCUGAGAGCCUCCGAGUUCUACCGUCUCGACUCCCGAUCAGUGGCCCAGUCAGUUUCGCUUCGUCGCCCGUCGCUUCGCAUCGUCUCUCUUUUUUGGGAACAUGUCUUUUCUAUUGAGGACUACAAUGUUAACGACACAACGAAACGUGUCGACAGUUCAACAGUGAUUUUUUUAAAAAUUGUUUCAUAUUAGUAUUUUCAUUUUAGUUGAAUAUUUCAAAAGUGUAUGUUCGUUAAUCGUCCUAUCCGGAAAACAUGGGAAAUCAGAAAAAUGAGGUCCCUGACGGUGGUUGGGGUUGGGUAGUCGUUGGAGGUUCUCUAGUCAUAUCGAUGAUCGCUGAUGGUAUAUCGUUUUCAUUCGGCCUCCUCUACAUAGAAUUCCUAGAAUACUUCGGAGCGUCGAAAAGUGCGACGUCGUGGAUAGGCAGUCUUUUCAUGGCAGUGCCUCUUCUCUCCGGGCCGCUCUGUUCCGCACUUGUGGAUAGAUUCGGAUGCAGGUGGAUGACAAUCGUCGGCGGAUGCGUUUCGUGUGCCGGCUUUGUAGCGUCUGCCUUUUCCACAUCGAUUGUAACUAUGUAUUGUACAUUCGGAAUUAUUUCCGGAUUGGGCCUUGGCCUCUGUUAUGUGACCGCCGUUGUAAGCAUAGCGUAUUGGUUUGACAAAAAAAGAACUUUGGCCACAUCCCUCGGCGCUAGCGGGACUGGAAUCGGAACUUUCGUCUACGCACCGCUCACGAGAUUGGCCAUUUCUUAUUACGGCUGGAGAGGGACGGUUUUACUAUUAGCAGGUACAUUUCUGAACAUGUGCGUCUGCGGGGCGUUAAUGAGGGAUCCCGACUGGUGGAUCGAAGCGCAAAAAUCAUCUCGUGCGAGUUCGCUUUGCCACGAUUUGGAUGAACUUAAGCGGAUGCUCGAAGCGGGUACCAUGAGCAACGAUUACGUCCGACCACCUUUGACACCGAUCGCCGAACAGAGCUACCACUCACUAGUCAACAUCCCCACAUUCGUAGAGUCCACCGACAAAGUGCCACCAGAACUAGUCGAGCACCUCCUGGGGAAAGAGCAGGCGUUAAGGUUGGCGAACCCGGGGAGGAUUUUGGAAGAGCGCGAUAAGACAAAAAGCAAAAGUUUAUCAGGGAGGCUUAAUUCGAUGUCGGAAGGAGAUGCAAACAGUCCUAAAUCGGGACGGGAAAUGACAGACGUACCUGAGGUCAUAGUCGACCAUUUCAAAACUGCAAACAGCCGUAGUCACGUUACCCGCCCUUGGGCUCACCGUUUAAGAAAUAUCCGUGUUCACAGGAAUUCUGUUAUGUACAGAGGAGCGAUUCUGAACAUGCACAAAUACAGACUGACGGUCUCUUCGUGUCCAGACAUUUUCAAGAAUUCUAUGACGACCAUCGCCAAGGAAGGAGCCGAGACUUGGAAAGACGAACUGGUAGACCUUCUAGAAGGUAUGACGGAUUUUUCGAUGUUCGGCGACCUACAUUUCCUCCUGAUGUCAUUGUCAACUACACUACUUUUCAUAUGGUUUAUCGUUCCUUACUUUUACCUUGCCGAUUAUAUGACCACCCUCGGCUACACCGAAGAAAAAGGAUCGUUCAUUCUUGCCGCUAUCGGUAUAGCGAACACUUUUGGAAUGGUCAUCAUGGGGUGGGUUGGAGACAAACCAUGGCUUAACGUUACUAAAACAUACGCAGGAUGUCUUAUAUUAACAGGCUUGUUUACAUUGAUAAUGCCGUUAGUGUCUGGGAAUAUGGUUACUUUGACACUCGCUUCAGUAGGCUUCGGGAUGUUCGUCUCUUCCAAUUUUUCAUUCACCCCUACGAUACUCGUCGAACUGAUAGCUCUGGAUCGUUUCACGACUGCUUACGGCUUGACUCUGCUUUGCCAAGGGAUCGGCACACUCAUCGGCCCGCCGCUUGCCGGUUGGAUAUUUGACUUGACGCAAAGCUGGGAUCUGUCCUUCUACAUGGCCGGCGGAUGGAUCGUGAUAGCCGGUGUUUUGAUGGCGGUGAUACCCGCUGUCAAAACUGUCAGACUUUGGGGUUCGGAGUCGCAAUCGGAAUCGCAAAGUCGCAGCGUGACCACUUAGGCCGGUGGUUUCUUCCCAUCAUUACACUUUCACAAGUGGCCUUCGUACGUGCCUCUCAAAGAAAAACAAACAAAUGUCAUCUUUUAGUCAUAUUACAAAAAGAUGGAUCGAACAAAUAUUUUUUUUUUGUAAUAAAUAUCAAAUAUUGUAGAAUUAUAAAAGAUUUAACAGUAUUUUAGGAUUUACUUUUAUUACCAUAAAAUGCGAGCUUUAAAAUCAUAUAACUUAUUGUGUAUGAGAUUUUUGUUUUCUUUAAGUCAUUUUAGUAAUUAUUUUUUGAAGAGUAAGAAAAAUGUACAAGUGAUAUAUGU